UCCUUCACGUCCCCGGCGUCGUCGUCCGCCUGCUCCUCGUCCUCCUCGUCCUCGCUGUCCUCGUCGUCGUUGUCCUCCUCGUCGCCGCUGCAGGCCACCUCCACCUCCGCCGAGUCGGGCAUACCGAGGACGUGCAGGGCGUCCAGGCCCAAAAAGCAGUUCAUCUGCAAGUUCUGUAGCCGCCAGUUCACCAAAAGCUAUAAUUUGCUGAUACACGAAAGAACGCACACCGACGAGCGGCCGUACUCGUGCGACAUUUGCGGAAAGGCCUUCCGACGGCAGGAUCACUUGAGGGACCACAGGUACAUCCACAGCAAGGAAAAACCGUUCAAAUGCGCCGAGUGUGGAAAAGGAUUCUGUCAAAGCAGGACCCUGGCCGUGCACAAGAUCCUGCAUAUGGAGGAAUCGCCCCACAAAUGUCCCGUGUGCGCAAGGAGUUUCAACCAGAGAAGCAACCUGAAGACCCAUCUUCUCACGCACACGGACAUCAAACCUUACCACUGCGCCUCCUGCGGCAAGGUGUUCCGCAGGAAUUGCGACCUGAGGAGGCACUCAUUGACUCACAAUUUGGGUGUAUCGACGUCCCCUCCACCACCAGGGAUACCUGUGCCUGGUACAGGGGCCGUAGUGCUGCAAGAGACGUCCUAGUGGGCGCGUGGAUCGACUGUGACAAGUCUCGACACUGUGCUAGGGACAUUUUAUUCUACCGAGCCCUUCUUUUCGCUUCGUUCGAUUUCGAGACGAGUUAUAAAGGAAUUUUCCAAGGAUUUUGAACGUUGAAAUCGGCGAAGGGAGGGCAAAGGAGUAGGUAAUUGGUUUCGAUAGACUGAUAGUGGAAAGUCUAAUAUUGUACUAGGGACAUUUAUUAUUUGCACCGAGUCCAAGUUUGAUAUCCAUUUUGGGGGAUAAAUUGGGGAAUUUUCGUAGGAUAGCGAAAAGA